GCUUUUUUGGAUUUUUCUUCUUCUGUUUUUGUCACGAAGGUUUUUAACUGCUAAUCUUUGCAGUUGGUAAAACUAAGGGACUUGGACAAUCCUUAUGCAGAAAUCAGACCACUAUCUCCUCAGAACAAGCGAGAAAAUUAGAACUUAUUGGUUAUGGGGUAUGUUCUCCUAGAUGUAGAUUUUAUGGGCAAUAUGUAUCGAACACUACGGGACAUGCUUCAUCCAUAGCACAUAGAAUGCGUAAUACUUUCCAUGGGAGUUAUUCAGUGACUUCACGGGGAACGGCUGUAAGAAAUCAUGCACAAAUUACUUGGAAGACGCUAUCAAGUAAAUCUUUCCAUGAAGGACAAACAUUUAUUAGCUUAAGUCGAUUUGCACAAGCACUUAGCUUGGCAUUGAGCAGGUCUUAUGUGAUUCUCCCUAGUUUUCUUCCCUUGACAUAUGGAAGAAAUAUAGCACUGGCACAAGCACCAACAGACUUGGAGUACGGUCGCCCAAGGACUAGCUUCUACAGGCAUGCUGAAGACGGACAUUUUUUGGUCACCUCAUUGUUGCAUUCCAUAUUUGAAGGUUUUGUCCUGCUGUUGAGAGCCUUUUAUUUGGGGAUACUCUUUUCUCCUAGCAUUGUAAUGGCCCCAUUUGCUGAUGCAUUUGGACCUUCUUUCAGGAAACUGUGGCUUCAGGUAGUCCGUAGCACACUCGAAAGAGCAGGUCCUGCAUUUAUCAAAUGGGGCCAGUGGGCAGCUACACGGCCUGAUCUUUUCUCUAAAGAUUUGUGUACUGAGCUAUCAAAGCUUCACACAAAAGCUCCUGAACAUAGCUUUGCUUACACGAAAAAGGCAAUCAAAAAAGCAUUUGGUCGAGAGAUUUCUGAAAUAUUUGAUAAAUUUGAGGAGAAACCUCUGGCAUCUGGAAGUAUUGCUCAAGUGCAUAGGGCUUCCUUGUUGUAUCCAUACCAUGGUCGGCAGAUCAAGCCUAUAGUGGUGGCUGUGAAAGUUAGGCAUCCUGGAGUAGGUGAAUCAAUAAGACGAGAUUUCGAGAUUAUUAAUCUAGUCUCUAAGAUAUCAAAGUGCAUUCCUAAACUUAAGUGGUUAAGGUUGGAUGAAAGCGUCCAGCAAUUUGCUGUUUUUAUGAUGUCUCAAGUUGAUCUUGCUAGGGAAGCUGCACAUUUAAGCCGCUUCAUCUAUAAUUUCCGUAGAUGGAAGGAUGUCUCUUUUCCAAAGCCUGUCUAUCCCCUAGUGCAUCCUGCAGUAUUGGUGGAGACUUUUGAACAAGGGGAGUGUGUUUCAUAUUAUGUUGAUGAGCUUGAAGGCCAUGAAAGACUUAAAAGUGCACUUGCUCAUAUUGGGACCCAUGCUCUUCUAAAGAUGCUUUUGGUGGAUAACUUUAUUCAUGCUGACAUGCAUCCUGGAAAUAUUCUUGUUCGGGUAACCCAAAGCAAGUCAUCUCGGAAACGAAUCUUCAAAUCAAAGCCUCAUGUUGUUUUCCUUGAUGUAGGCAUGACCGCUGAACUUACUAACAAUGAUCGGAUAAUAUUAUUGGAGUUCUUUAAGGCAAUUGCUCAUCGAGAUGGACAGACUGUAGCAGAGUGCACUUUGCGAUUGUCAAAGAAACAGAAUUGCCCUAAUCCAGAAGCCUUCAUUAAGGAAGUAAAGGAGUCAUUUGAUUUUUGGGGUACUCCAGAAGGUGAUUUUGUCCACCCUGCUGACUGCAUUGAACAACUCCUUGAGAAAGUUAGGCAUCACAGAGUGAACAUAGACGGCAACGUCUGCACUGUUAUGAUGACAACUUUAGUCCUUGAGGGCUGGCAAAGAAAGCUUGAUCCUGAUUAUGAUGUUAUGCAUACCCUGCAGACACUGCUGCUCAAAUCUGAUUGGGCAGAAUCUCUAACUUACACUAUUGAAGGACUCAUGGCCCCAUGACAAGCUCUUCUAAUUCUUCCUCCAACUGCAACAUAACUACUUGUAAGUGUAGAACAAAGAAUUGUAUAUUAGCCAAUAGUUCAGUUUGGUUACAAGUUUUAACCAUUUAAGCUAAGCCUGAGUGUAGAAAGCAGCCUUAGGAGGACUUUGUCCUGUACUUGUUGCUUUAGUCCAAAAAUAUUACAGCCACAUGGAUCUUAUCUCAUACAUGUAGGAGUUUAUAAGUAAAGAAGAAUAAAAGAUCAUUCUUUGAUUGUCAUCUACUCUUGUAUUGAACGUGUUUUAUUAUACAUCUAAAGCCCUUUUCUUUGCCUGAA